CUCAAGAUGCUCAUCAGAGCCACUACAUAUAUGCGUUCGUCAUUAGGCUUCUGGUAUCGUCCGUCACUGCAGGAGGAGAACAUCUCAUAGUUAGGCAUCAUCGGGACUGCAUAAUAUCAUACUCUCGACUUCUGCCCCCCACAAUCGUAAGAUCUGUAAAAAAACGAUGGCAUUGAUGUUGCUUUUACAGACAGAUCGCAUCAGUAUUCAACGUGACAACUUGCCUCCUCCGCCCGCUAGUGGCCCUCCUUUGGGAAGUGUAGUUGUUGUUUUCUUUCUGUUGCUCGACUCUACCUAAUUCUAGCUCCGAUUCACAGGAGUGGCGGCGUGCCGAGUUAAACAACAACGCUUCUGCUUGAUCAAGAGAAAAGGUUAAUAUCAGUCAGAAAACAAAGCGAAAGCCGUGAGGCUCCCGUGUUGAAGAUGUCUGCCUCAUCUUUCCAGUGGUUGACAACGCAACCGAUUAGAAGCGACUGUCUGACUCUUGCUACUCACAAUAUUCUAACUGCUGGCUGACCAUCUGGCUCACAUUCCACGAGUGCAUAUCACAGUUAGUAACAUCAAGGGAUUUUCAGGGUGUGUAUGCCUUCGUCACUAUCUUUCUAAGACAUCCUCCUUUCUUCAUUGGUUUCUCUACGGUCCCUUUGUCAAGUUAGUCACACGUUGGAAGUGAUAGACUUGAAAUUCAACUUGUGGGUGAUAUUCCUCUAGGCCACCUAGUAACAAAGACUCGUCCCCUAACAAUCGACUGACAAACGCUGACAUUACUCACGGGAUCGUUCGUUUUCCUUCGCUCAUACUCUUUGAAGGGCGCCUUCCGCCCUCGAAUAAUUGAAGGAAAUACUAGGUUUCUUUCCUUUCAAUCGCCCAAUCAGAAAAUGGAUAAUCAAUCCAGUCUAUGGUCAGACACACUGGCCCGUGACCCUGCAAAUGUGCAAUGCCCCUCACCAAGAUCUCAGGCGGACGAUGUUGGUCCGUCACUUUACCCACAAACGGUAGAUGCACCUUGGUAUAAGGAUCCCGUGGAAGGUUCCCCUUCGGCUUUUCCCCAAGCACAAACACGAUCAACUUCCACUUUCCAAAUGCCACUCAAUGGUGAAGAAGAAUAUGCAUGUGGCCGUCAAUUAGCCAGUUCAUUCUCACGCGCUAUUUCCACACAAACCUUUGACUCUGGGUGGGCCUCGCCAGCUGUUUGUACUCGCUCCAGUCCUAAAUCGCAAGUUAUCACCUUACAUAAUCGACGCCUCAGUUACGUUACUUAUCCCACCCCAAUGUCACCCAGACGAUAUACACCCCAACCAAGCCCUUCGCCAGCGCCGCACCGAUUUCAACAUCCCUUGCAGCCCCACACUUCCCUUUGGUCCGAUAAUGGGCUGAUUCCUUUACGAUAUGAGCCUCAAAGGGGCAACGAGAGAAACAUUACGACUGUUGUGAAGUAUGGCAGGACAAGGGUCCAGUCAUGGAUAGAUAUCGAUCCCGAUAGUAGGAAAAAAGAAAAGAAUGGAACUGAAAGUGAUGAGACAAGUUCUCUGAAGGGACGAUGCCAUCCAUGCCCAGUAUGUGCAAAGCGUUUCACACGCCCUUCGGCUCUGAAGACGCACAUGCACACACACACAGGAGAAAGACCUUUCAUAUGUGGCUGGCCGGGAUGUGGGCGAGAUUUUUCGGUGCAGUCGAACUGCAAACGUCACAUACGUCAGACGCAUGAGGCGAAGGAAGCUCGGAAAAAGGAAGAAGUUGAAGAGAUUAUUAAGGCUUCAAAAAUCACCUUUCCUGUAGAGCAACAGUGUCAGCGAUCGAACACUUCCUCGUGCUUUAACUUCUCUUCAAUAUCUCCCCUAUCACCUUCCUGCGACGCCCAUCGCAUGUAUAUGGGCCGCUCCCUAGUCUCAGAGUCUGCCCAUCACUUACAUUUCAUGUCCUCUCAAAGAGCACACAGAAACAGCAGUUCAGGUGGUAAAAGUGACCUUCGGGAUAGACGUUGCCCCUACUGACUGAUGAUUGGCGGCCCAGUAGCAAGAGGAAGGGUUAUACGAAAUAUGACAGAUUUGGAUCGGAAACCAGGCAGAGAGGUGACAAUUGUAUGAGCUUUAUCCAUAGCGCAUAAGCUUUUCUGUGAUAGUAGAUGCUCGGAAACGGUGAUUUUGUAGUACGUGCCCUGCUUUGACGAAUGUUGUAAUUGAACAAGUAUACAACAACGUAAUGAUCUUUCCAGUCAUCGCUCGGCCAAUUUUUACGUAUCGUAUUAUCGUGUAGGCCACCAUCUUUUCCUUUUCCAAAAACCGUUGUAUCGGACCUCCUGAUGUAUAUCAAUCUCCA